AUCUGUAACUGUAGCCUGUGUUUUUCUCUCCCUCCCACUCCCUGCGACGUAUAGAUACUGCAUUGAUCAGACACACGCGCGCAGACACAUGCGCGCACGCACACACUGAGCCUCCCACUCCUUUCAUCAUUGAUUCGCUCUGUUCUGCUCUGCUUUCCUCCUCUUUCCCCAUUCUUAUUCGCUCUCUCUCUCUCUCUCUCUCUCUCUCUCUCUCUCACUCUCUCUCUCUCUGUAUCUACAGCGGCACUUGUUGAAUUCAACCCUUGGAGAAUAGAGAGAGGGGAGAGAAACAGAGAGAGAUAAUGACAGGGAGGCAGAGGGAGGCUUUGAGACAGUGCUAGAACAGUGAGCAGAGAGGGAAUGGGGCUUUGGAGGAUAUAGAGACAGAAGAAGAAGAAGAAGGAGAAGAAGAAGAAGGCUGGAGGGAGAGAGACAGAAAAGUCAGACAGCAGAGAGAAUCAUCUUUGAGACAGUGGGAAUGACUCUUUAAGUGAAAGAGUCAACCAGUCGGAGUGCAUCGGAGUACUUUCCGUCCAUCUCUUAACUGCUCCUCCUUCGUCCUGGUCCUGACUGCUGCUGCUGGUGUGUUUGUAUGUGCCCAAGGCUCGAUGGUGUGUUUUAACCAGAGGACUGGCUUACACAGGUCAGCACGGUCUGGGAUAACAGCGAGCGCUCUUUUCUGCUUUUGUGCAUGUGUGAGAGACUGCUGGCGGAGGAAAGUCGUGUGCUGGUUACUCCAGAUGCCUCUGUCAGUGGCGAAGUCUGCAGUGAAUAUCUGAAACCUCAUCUUCCUCUUCUUCUGUGGCCAACAUGUCCCAGCUGCUCCAUGUGGAGAUCCCAAACUUUGGAGCCACAGUUCUGGGCUCCCUUAAUGAGCAGCGCCUGCUGGGACACUACUGCGAUGUAUCCAUCCUGGUCAAAGGUCAGGCUUUCAAAGCCCACCGGGCCGUUUUGGCUGCCAGCAGCCUCUACUUUCGUGACCUCUUCAGCAGCUCCACCAAGACCCAGUUUGAGUUGCCCUCCUCAGUCACACCUGCUUGCUUCGAGCAGAUCCUCACUUUCUGCUACACAGGGAAGCUAACAAUGGCAGCUAGCGAACAGCUGGUGGUCAUGUACACAGCUGGCUACCUCCAAAUUCAGCAUAUAGUCGAAAGAGGCAUGGACCUAAUGUUCAAGGCAAACUCACCUCACUGUGACUCUCAAACAGCAGGGUCUUUAGAGGAAACAGGAUCUGAGCCACAGAGUCCUUCUAAUAAUGGUAACGGACUAGCAGUGGCUGCCCUUUUGGGAACCCCGGGUUGGUCUCCAUCCUUACUCUUGCCUCAGCGUAAGAUUAAACUAGAAGGGGGUGACCCGACGCCCGUCACAAUACCCUCCACGCAAAGCAAGCUUUCGUCCUCAGAGUUGGGGAAUCGGCUGGCGAGGGCCGGUUCACUGUUCUACUCAGGUGGUGGGAACCCCAUCCCUGGUAUGCAGUCUUACCACCUUCAAGGAGCCGGUGGAGGUGGAGCAGGAGGAGGAGGAGGGGGAGGAGGAGGGGGAGUUGAAAGGUCCAGCCCUGGAGCGUCUAGCCUGCCAACCACUGACAGUCCUACAUCCUACCAGAAUGAGGAUGAGGAGUUUGAGGAAGAGCCCUAUGAUGGGAUUGCAGAGGAUGCCUACAGUAAUCUCUAUGGACGUUCAGCUAACCUCUACGGGAUCCAGGACAAGCCAGAGAUGGCAGCGAUGCCCUUGUCCUUGGAGAACCGCAACUGUGUGCUGAUCCGUAGGGACCUGGUGGCACUGCCUGCUAGCCUCAUCAGCCAGAUAGGCUACCGCUGCCACCCUAAGCUCUACACUGAGGGCGACCCCGGGGAGAAGCUGGAACUGGUAGCAGGUACACAGGUGUUCAUGACUCGAGGCCAGCUGAUGAACUGUCAUCUAUGUGCUGGCAUCAAACACAAAGUCUUGCUCCGCCGUCUGCUAGCCACAUUCUUUGACAGAAACACUUUAGCCAAUAGCUGUGGGACAGGUAUCCGUUCCUCUACUAGUGACCCCAGUAGGAAACCCCUGGACAGCAGGGUCCUUAACGCUGUCAAACUCUACUGUCAAAAUUUCAACCCUAACUUCAAGGAGAGUGAAAUGAAUGUGAUCGCUGCUGACAUGUGUACAAACGCGAGGCGUGUCCGCAAGCGAUGGUUGCCCAAGAUCAAGUCCAUGCUGCCUGAUGGCAUGGAGGUGUACCGUGCAGGAAUGGGCAUGAGUGCUGCUGUGGGUCUGGGCCUGGCACUGAGUGCUCCUCAGUCAGGGGUACCCCUUACCUUCGAGCCUGACUUCAAGACCCUAGAGCAACGGUUGUAUCCAGAUCGCAAGGACCCUCUCAGGACUCACCCACCGCUGACAGAGGGUAGCCCCGGGUCUGGGGCAGCUGGAGCAGAUGCUGAAGGUGAAGGUGAAGGAGUAGUCCAGGAGGAACAGGAGGAAGAUGAGGAUGAAGCUGGGUUAGAGGGUGUAGAUGGAUCACUGGGGGCGCCAACUUUGAUCCCAGGAGUUGAGGCAGGCAGUUGUGGUGACAUGCCACCUGAGCAGGAAGUGGAAAGUUUUGGACAAGGUCUGAGGGUGAACGGACAGUGAAUGUCCCUUGGGCUGCCUCUCGCAUUGUGAAGUCUGUUGAACACCGCAUUUUCUUUUGCUUGCUCUCUUAAUCUAACAUCUCGUCCACCACUUGUUCUUCUCCUCUAUGCUUCCUCAACAGAAAUUAUUCAACAAACUGCGCUCGUAGGUCUUACCAUACAGGAAUUUUUCACACAUGCAUGUGCACAUGUGUGCUUGUGUACACGCAUAAUUACUGAUCGUGGAAGUAAAACAGUGAUAGUAGAAGUAGACACAGGCAUGGCAUUAGCACAUUGAGAAAAUCAGCCCUUUCUGCUCCACCCAUAUUCUGUAUUUACUCAAUAUUUCAGCACCCGCAAAAAUAUUGCAAAGGCCUCAUAGCAGAACAAAUGGCUGUAAUGAUUCAUCUUUUCAGUGCAAUACAAAAGUAACAGCUGCUUUGCUGGCAGUUUAUGGAGUGUGGUAUAAUGGUUUGUAAAAUGAUUCCGUUUUCUUGGAAAGCUGAAUCUGAAAAUAACCCAUGCAACCUUGGGAAAACAGAUUAGAGAAACAUAGCUUGCUUAAGAAGCAGCUUAUUUGAUGUGUUUGACUACUUAACAUCAUAUUGUUGCAUCAUAAAUAUGUAUGAAUAUAUAACAAAGGCUGUAUAAAAACUAAUGGUCAAUUAUUGUACCGCCACCAUUAAACAAAAUGAUUUUUCAAAAAAAUCAAAACAGCACGUCAUUUUUAUGGUAAGAUGAGGAAAAGUUUUUCUGUGAAGGCUUUUUCACAAUCUAACAAAAUAAUCUAUCACAUGGAGUUGUUUUUUCAUGCAUAUGUGCCUGUGACAUAUUUGAUUAGAUUGUCAAUGUGAUGCCUGUGUCUGCUCCAGACCACCCCAGCCACACACCACACAUACAGAUACUCACAUGUGCCCACCUUAUGAUACUAGCCUUUAAUAUCUUUAUCAAUGCAUUAAAGAUAUACUGUCCAAAAAAAAUGUAACAAUGCUUUUCAACUUUUUAAUUACAUAAUUCUGUCUUGGAAAUACAGAGAGAGAAAUGAGCAAGAACACAGCAGCUUGCAUGCAUGUUACAAUCAAUGGACACAGAGAACUAUUGAAAACAACAACAAAGCCACAAACCUGCAUCUAAAUAGGAAAACAGCUACUGUUGUCUCAACAUAUGCCGUUAAUGCGCAAAAGAACUUUUUAUCCUAUCUCUUACUGGGCUCUGACCUCAGUCUGACAUGCUAGAACUGAACUGGGUGGAUGUGACGCAGGAUUGAAUGUGUUUGCCACAGUAUGGAUUGGAUUUUCUCUCUUUUUUUUUUUUUUAAACUACGAAGUGUGCUGUCACCACAGUCAGAGGAGAAAUUAGAGGAAGUGCACUACACUAAGUGGUAGAAGGAAACAUGUCAGAGAGAGGCAAUGUUUCACCUUGAUGUGGUGGUAUGAUUGGCAAGACUACAUAGUCCUGCUUUCAUUCUUUUAUUUCUUCCAGGGAAAUGGGUUGGGGGGUAAAUUAUUGAAUAAAACUUUUAGAGGAAUUUCUGCUGGCUUAUUGCAUUGGCACUCAAAAAAAAGGUUAAAGGGCGGGAAACUAAGGAGUUUGGCCAAAUGUGACUGUACUAAAAACUAAAAAUGUCCUUCACAUAACCCUGAUAAGUUAUUAUUUAGGGGAUUUUGGGUUUGGAAGGAAAAAACUGGAGUGAGGCAAUGAGUCGAACAGGGACUUUAACCUGUAUUUGUUAUUUUAGUUUUUGUUUUAGUUUUUGACAUUUGUUUUCAUGCUUUCUGCCAUGCAUAGGGACACAGUCCAAAUAGCCUUCCUUUGUUGUUUUGUGCAUUUAUUUUAAGAGAUAUACUGUUGUAUAGUGUUUUAAGAGAUAUAUUGUUGUUUCUCCUGAUCAUUGUCAAAGCACAUUUUAACAUUUAAUGACAAAUUCAGACCAUCCAAUUGAUAAAUUGAAUGAAUGAACCCCAAAGUUCUUUUAAGAUGGCAAUAUUUUUGAAAAGUGUAGCUCUGAAUAAGGUGAUUGAAAAAUGUAUCCGAUUUUUUCCACUGCAGAAAUUGAUGGCCUGAGUUAACAACCAAGCAAAAAAAAAAGAGUCUAUGCCCCUGAUCUAUUUAAUUUGUCUGUUUAUGCUUCAGUGCUGUGCCACCUGAAAGGCUGGGCUCAGAUUAUUCUCUGACUUUGUUCUGCAUGUCUUGUUUCGGACUCUUUAGGGGAAGCUUUAAGAUGGCCCUGCACAAGAAACACAGGGUUAUAAUUGCACUAGGUAAUAAUAAUGACGUUUACAGUCUUGUUUUUUUUUUUUUUUAAGAAAUGUGAUCUGCCAUAGAUAAAACAGGGCCAUGAAAGAAUGGUUGAGAUGAUGAAUGAAUGUAAUGUAGCACUGCUUUGGUGAGGGGUCCAAGCCUUGACCCAAAUUGGUCAAAUGCUCAAAUACUUUUUAUAUGACUCAAUUUUUCCUUAAUUGUGUACUCUUAAAAAUAGGCCAUUAUAUAAUUUGAGAAUGGGUGAUGUUCUGAUCUAAAGCUUUUGUGAUUUUGUGAUUUCUAAACUGAGGUGAACAGGUCUUCCAAUGUGGUGAACACCAGGGGAUAUUUCCCUAUAAUCUACAGAAAACUGAGCAAAAUUUGAGUACAGACUUUUAUUACUCUAUUGUUUAUUCUAUUUUUAUCCCAACGAGCUCCUUAUUUUUUUUUUUUUAAAUAUUUUGGAAGUUAUGUAUGUCUCUAAUGUUGAAAUGUUCACAUAACUGAGAGGCCCUGAACUUUUCUUUAAAGAUAUACUUGGAGAUUUAGCAAAUUAUUUCUUUAUCUUAUUUUUAAUUUAUUAUGCUUCCGUUCCUAAAGUUGCUCUUGUAAAAAUAAUAACAAUAAUAAUAAUAAUAAAGAUAUUCAGUUGUUUAAUGGAGCCACUAUUUUGAUUUGUGGACUUUUCAGGCUAUUACCUGCACUUCUGACUGUGGUAACCAAGGUAAUAAUCUUCCCAGAAUGCAUAAGUAUGUAAUUUUAUAAUUAAACCAAAUUCACAGUAACUACUUUAUAUUACAAAAUAGGGUACAACUUAAUCAGUAUAACACCCAAACAAAUAAAACCUGUGCACUCCACUGUUAAACAGCACAGUAAGUUUACCAUAUAUGUUUUUCUCUUUGUAUUUUCAUGCACAGUAAGUCUGUGUUUUUGGUUCUACUAAGAUCUAUUAUCAAACAGUCAACAUUGUUGCCAUUUUAACUUAGAGGAAUUUGAAAUUAGCUCCAAAUAACACAAUUAACAUGGCAUGGAGAACUGAUAUACUCUACUGUAGGGAUGAAGGGGUGUGGACAGUGCCUCAGACUGUAUGGGUGUGGCUGUUGUGAGAUUAAUUUUUAUGUUCAGAGACAACCAAGACAAAAAAAAUUUGGUCCUUAAGAGCCAUUGUUCAGUAUAAUGAAUGUAAUAUUUUAUUCAUUCUUUUUCUUGUGUUUGCCAUCAUGUCAUUCUAUGAGGAGAAAGUGUGCAUCAGCCCAGUGAACAGAUUUACUGCACUUACAUACAUUCAACAUCCAAUCAGCAGCAACCUGGAUCCCCUGAAUUGACACACAUAUGUAGGUUAACAAUUACACAUGAUCAACAUAUUACGUUUAUUCCCUUUGACACAUUCUCGUUUCCACUUGUUCAAUUUGUUUACCCUGCUAUAAAAUAUAUUUAAUUCUGACCCGGAUACCAAGAAAAUGAUUUUUUGUGAUAGGACAUACUUUUUUUCUUCUCCUUGGGAUACUUUUUGUUUCUUCUGCGGCGUGAAUUUGAACAUGAAAGAUGUUGCACUAUAUGGUAAACUGAGAAAUUCUCAGAGAAUGUCUUGGCUAACCCUUAAGAGGAUGAGCUUUAUUUGAGGCGGCUGAAAGAAAGGGUCCUGUAAAAUGUAUGUAAUGUUAUGUAUUUUUACAUGUAUGUUUGAUUGAAAUCAGUGUCUCCUUCACACCAACUGUGUAGUUAAAAAUUAUUAUUUUUUAGUGACAGAUGAAUCUUUUGCAAUAUAUGCCAUUCACCUGGAUAAUCAUUAAAAUAACAAAACAAGAGAUGGGAUGGGAUUGGUGGUUGAAAAGAACCUAUCUUCACAAACAUUUAUUUGCAAAUAAAUUGUUACUUACUUUCUAAAGCCUCACAUAGUGCUCUGUUAUCCCCAUUACUAUCAAACUAAUGGGCACAGUAGUGUUUUUUUUCCACUGAGUGGUUUAUACUGAAAACAAUACAUUUAUAUGCAAAGAGACACUUGUAUCAUAAAAUGCAUGCCAUUCAGACACUCACUCUAACCCAAUGAAACCUCUGAUCUUUAUGCACCAUGUAUUUUAUGCUGAAUAACUGUUGUCACUGUUAGCAAACAAAGACUGGGGAGUCUUGCAAUGAGGAGGGUUGUAUUUUUAUCACACAACCCCGCCUUUUAUUGAAUGUUUGGGUAAAGUUUAACCUGCUAUAGUCAUGACAGCAAAGUGAUGAAGUGUGGAAUACAGUGACUAACUACCCAGUUGAGUGUGCAUUUGAACCUUCUGCAGACUCAGAAAAAAAUGCACUAAAAGUUUGUAUGUGUAUGUAUAUGUCUUUGAACAUAAUGCCAGCACUUUAGAACUACUUAGACAAAUGAAAGAAAAGAGAAAAGGAUGACCAAGGGUUAGGCGAGGAGAGAACGAAACUUAUAAAGCCAUGUGUUCAGAGCGCUGACAAUCAGAAUAGGGAUGAGACCCAAAGUGCAUUAUGAGAGAUCUGAUAUGACUCGCUGUGCUCUUGCUGUUUGCUUUGUCUUUCUCCAGCUUGCUUUGAUCUGUGCUAGCUUACUUUUCAGAGUGGAGGGACAUGGUGAUGUAAACUCCAGCCUUCUUGGUUAAAAGUGUUACUCUCUGCAACAAGGACUGAUGGAUAUUUGACAGAUAACCUUGGUGCUUCGUGAAAAGCCGUCCCAUGUUGACAUGGACCAUAUCUGUAAUGCUCCAGUAAGUGUGGGCCAAACUUGGUCCUUUGUCUGAGCUUACUGGUAACCUCUCAAUGGACAACAAUCCACAUGACAAAAAAAGAUUUUAUCAUGCAACCCUACACUUUGAUCAUGGUAACGGUCUUCACUAUCAACAGGGCUUGGACCAGGCAAACUGGGAUGGAACAAUUUCAGUGUUGAUACUGCUUUAUGUUUCAAAUGAAAAUUGUUAAAAUGUUUAUGCGCCUUCUUACUCGAGCAUCAAUUAUAUAUACAACAGAAAUGCAAGUUGCCACUUUUGAUGUUGCAUAAGAAUCUACCUUUCAUUCCCGUCAUGGUAUCUGCCAUCACCAGUUUCAGUUGUGUAGUCCAAGAGUACCUGAUUUCUUUAAAUGCAAUACAGAAAAAUCUGCUUUCUAAUAAAAGUCCUUACUUCACCAUA